ACAUUGGGCUUCAUGGCUCCUGAGAUAUUCGAUGAAAAAUACGACGAGAAAGUGGAUAUCUAUGCAUUUGGGAUGCUUAUGCUGGAGGUGAUGACUAACCGGACACCUUACGAUGAAUGUGAGACGGUGUUGCAGGUGGCGGCGAAAACCAUGUCUGGACAAGGUCCAGAUAUAAUGGAGAAAGUGCUCAAUCCAUCCUUACGUGAGGUAAUCAGUGCAUGUAUCCAACCGCUGACGUGCUUUCGUCCCACUGCUGAAGAGUUGUACUUUCAUCCCCUGUUUCAACCCAAAACACUCCCGGUUGAAGUGGAGCCAAACUAUGACAAUGCCACAGACCGAACGGAAGUUUUGGAUCGUUUUGUUCGUUCCUUGGAUAAUGCCGAAUCGCUAAAUCCCAAUUUCAAUUUGAGACUCCGAUUUCGCGACAAAAAGAUGUUGCAGGAGCUUGGCUUAGACGAUGGGGAGUCGUUGGAGUUCGAUUUGGACAUUUACAAAGCCGAGGAUCAGGAUAUACCAGACCUGAUUCAUAAUUUGCGCUUGGGUUACGAGGACAAGUUGUGGCGCGUGUUUGAAAACCCAAAACAACCGGACAAAAAGAUUGUUUCAAACCAUUUGGACAAGUUGUUCAACAGUAUUCGAUUACAGAUGCAGUUUCUAGUCAAAGUUUUAUUAGGUAAACGUUGGAAGGCCAUUUUGGAUUCAUUGGUCUCGGAACCGCGUUCCAGAAAGCGGCCGGAUGGCACUUCGACAGUCGAUGAGGACGAAGAGAGUGAUGCAGAUGCACGUACGUUUUCCUUCUCAUAUCUCUAUUUGGAUACACCUCCAGGUGAAGCUAGCAGCUUUGCUAUAAUUGGGCAAUAUAAAAGUAAAUGGACUCGAGCUAAAAAACUGUUAGAAAAAGAAAUACAAGCCUAUCGAAAUGCAACUGGGACCACACCUUCCGCUAGCACGGCAGCUGCAACUAGCACCACGACCACUAUGACAACUACUUCGGCGAGCGGAAGUACUGCAGUCAGCACGUCUAAUCCGACAGCAACAUCUACUAUGUUACCUACCUCAUCGGCUGCAGAAGUAGGUGCCGGUGUCGGUGCAGCCACGAUCACCCCAUCUUCUGUUCUAGGGCACCCCACACAUACCUCUGGACUACUUAGUGAUCCAGUGGAAUCCACGGCAUCCUCAGCAGGCGCUGCCACUGGCGGUGGUGUCGCAACGGUUGGAAAGUUCAGCAUUACCACGCCAGCCUCAGCUUCAGUUGCUCCCCUUUCUCCAGUCUUGGGUACUAACGGAACCACACCUGUGCCUACUCCGCUCCCGACACCGGUACCUCCAGAUGCGCUUAUCGGCCAACAACCACCCCAGUCGCAACAACAACAACAACCAAUUGCACAACAUGUCGGUUUACAGCCACUGUCCAAUCCCAACCUAGAACCCACUCAUCCUCAGUUGACACAGCAAUUACAACAACCUGCACAACAAUUGGACUCAGAUGUGACCAUGAAUCGGGUUCCUUCGGAUCCAGGAAUAGGUCAUUCGUCCGCUCCGCACGUGUUUUCACAAGCUGCAGUUCAUCCCGCACACACCGGAUCGUAUGCACCGAUACCAUCUUCCACUGUUAGCGGCGCCUUCAANAAGCUGGACAAGAUCUGUCCGCCAAUAAUGACCCUGUGGCACGAUCAAAUCUACUUCUUCAACAAGUUUUACAACGAAUCGCUAGUGGUUCUCCAAAAGAAUUAUACUGCUGACAAUCAAUUGGACGUACGACACUAUCAUCCGAAGCAGUCACGUGAGCUGAACAUUACUUUUCCGUGGUUUCACUUCGCAUUCCAGGUGCAACAAAAUCCUGUGGGUUCCGGUGUUCCAUUCCCACUUACGCAACAGUUAACACCACAACAGCAGCAGCAGUUGCUCAUCGCUGCUACUGCAGCUUUUGCGGCGGACCAGGCUGGCAGUUCUAGUCAACAGGGUGUAAAUGCUGGUCAACAAACUCAAUCCUUGCUAACUGCUGGAGCGGCAAACACCUCGUUACCGAUACUAUCUCAGGAGGCCAUUCUGCAGUCUCAAUUGCUGGGUGCCAACGUCUUACAAGGCACAGGCACUGACGUUAUUCCGGCCCCACAGUCAUUCUCUCCGAACCAACCACCUAUUGGGAUACCUCCGCAAUCUGUUCCAGCCGGUUUAAAUCAAGCAUUGACUGGCGUGAGCACAUCUCACGCACCAAUUACUGAUCCACAAGCCAUGAUGACGACCAAUUUAACUACACAGUCUGGUCCUGCUCCUGUCGCCGUGCCAACGGAUUCGGACGUUACCAGCUCAAUCGAUCCGAUUUUGUUGAACCAACUCACGGAGGCGCUUAUGAGUGUCGCGGCAUCAGCGUCCGGUUCGGGUCAGCUUGCCGCAUUCCCGGCCGCUCCUGGUUAUGCAAUGGGUAUCGCACCACAGGCUACCCCAAUGGUUCCUCCUGGUGUACCCCAUUCGUCAGGACACUCUGGAUGCUUGCCUGGUGUUUCUCAGGCCGCUCCGAUAGCUCAGCAACAACCUUUGGCACAGUCCGUGACAGCUUUAUCUCCAAAGACAUCACAUCCCCAAUUUACAGCUGCUGGUUCCAGCAACAGGCGAUCCAGCGUUAUGCAUAAUUUACGUAAACUCGGUGCAUCGCUCAUAUCCGGCAAUUCCAGUCCAACCCCAUCCCAGGCAUCCACCAAUGCAGCAACCAAUUUUUAUUCAUAUCCACCCACACACGCCAGUCGCUUGUCAUUAGCCCUGAAUAACCCUUAUUCAGUGGCCAUAGAAUCGCAUCGAUUCGGCAGUGAUGGCUGCUUGCUAUCCACUCGGCGUCAACCUCGGUCUUUAUCUCGUCACGCGUCAUCUCACCAUCCGAGUAACUAUGUAUCCAAGGUUUUGGGUCUGCGUACCGUUGUCCCCUCAAGGUCCGAUGUGCAAUCCACACCACCGUCUCCAGUGGGUCCAACCUUUGGAUCCACGUACGAGUUGGGCGAUAGUUCUAAUGCGUACCCGUCGGAUGCGCGUCGUCCAUCACAACUCACGCGGUUGACAAUGCCCAUUAAACGGCACUCAGCUGUGGAGCCGGGUAUCGCUCUGACGCGUUUUGCCACCACUCCAGCCGCACGAGCUUCCGGUUUUGAUAGUUUAUCUUCAGUGUUGUCCCCAUUACUUUCCAACCUUCUUACUAAUCGUACACGUAAGGCCUCAGCUCCAGAGCAAGGGGAUCGGAAGGUGAAGAAAAAGAUGAAAUCCAAACCACGUUACAUUUUGCGUGUGACCAAACUGGAACGAGAUACCGAUAGCAAUGAACCGGGCGCACUUCGUCCUACGUUCUAUUUGGAAAUGCCCGAUUUGAACAAUCCCAAUAGCGAACUAUGGAAGUUGAGUUUUCGGUGCAACCUGUCGGACACACCGGAUGACAUCAAGUUGUUUCAAGGAUCCGGAUACACACCAGCCAACGAGGAGAUCGAUCGGGCUGCCAAAGAAGCUGUCGUUCAAAUGCUAGAAUCUCUCCGUACAGAUGUGAAUUCAAUUAAACUCAAUCAAGACUAUGUUUUUUAUCCGCGCACCUCCGCUCAAUUGGGUUUGUCUGGAUUGCAACCAGUCGCAGACUAUUCCACUGCUGUAUCCGGUCCUGCGACAUCGACUGCUCUUCCAGUCUCAGCGGGAACAGCUGCUGGCACACUUCUGACGACACGUUCGUCUCAGUGUUCAUCCAAUUUACCCAGCGUUGUUUCUCAUAGUAUCAGUAAUCAGACUGCUCCGAUUUCAGUAUCUUCAGUGGGUCCCUCCUUGGUACCUGGUGUUCGACCAAUGCCCGGAUUAAUUCCGGCUUCAGGUUCUGGUGUGUAUUUUGACGGGAAUGCUGCGGUGACCAACUUAGAAGAGGUACUGCCCAUUGAUCGAAUGGGACACCCGGGUAGCGGCGCCGCUCAAAUCCAAAUAGAUGAAUCUGGAAUGUUGCGCGAGUCUUCAUUUGGCGGUGCUAUGUUGGACGGGGCAUUGGGAUCGAUAGACACUGCACGUGAUGACGAAGACGAAUUCAGCGACGCUUCCCGACCUCUGUCGCCCGUCGAUGGAUCAAAUCAAAUGAUGCCAACCCAGUCUUUUCAGCAACUCUUCGCAAGUGGUCUAGACUUAGACGGCAUGUCCAGGAGUACUCAACAGACCGCCUAUACAUCCGCUACCUCAUGCAGCAGCUCGAGACAGAUUAAUGACCCGAUACACGGUGUUCUGGGCGAGAACGUUGAUUCAACAGCAGCAAGACGCCCGUUUAUGCCCUUUGGCAUCACUAAUAUGGGUGAAUUGUUGUCACUUGCCGCCAAGCACACUGAUCCUGGCAAUACCGCGGCAAAUGGGUUUCAGAUCGGUCUUGAAGAAGUACCACCAUUGGCCCCUGGUGUACCUCCUGUAGAUCCAGGUUAUCUUCAACCAUCGGAUUCCAUGAUGCCAAAUGAAUUCGGUGCCUACGAUCCUGUGUCGAAUCCUCGAAUGGAUAACCCCUCGCAUCCUUCAUAUGAAGUCAAUUCUGGUGUAGUUUCUCAGCUGAGUCAUGUAUCUUCAGUCAGUCAGGGUCGUGUAUGCCCCAGUCAACCUUAUUGUACUAGCACACCUGAUUCGGAUUCUAUGGUUAAUCUUACUUGUACGAUUCCUGCAUCACUAGAGGCAUUAUUGCGAGAUAUUACCUGUCGACUGUGCAGCAGUCCUUCACGGCCGUAUAUUCUCCUGCCUUCAUCGGAUAGUUCAUCACACGAUGGGACUGUCCAAAUGAAUUCCAUGAGAAUUCUUGAAGUUCCAAGUGGGCACAUUUUUCUAGGCAUGCCAGAGUUGAAAUCCCCUGGUCAGGCGAGCAGCUCAUACAGUUUGACUACAUUUCGUGCUCCGAUUGAGCCCACUUUUGUCGUCCUCAACGGAAUAAGUUCCGACGGUCGGAUGACUGGCCCUCAUGUGUACAAAACCCCAUCGGACUGUGCCGUUGUACUCUCGCCUAACGGGGUUGUUCAUCGCCUGGAUAAAGCUGCCCUAGUGGUUCCCGUGGCACCAAACGACGCUCCCCGUACUUCCACUCCACCGCUGUCUCCUGGGUUUGAGACAGGGAUGACUCACAAUGUGCCAAACACAUCUGUCCAAGUUCGAGAACUGCCCAUUCAGACCAAUGUGGACACCUUAACCUUUGAUGACGUGCUGAAUUUACUACUGGCUCUGCGUAGCACAUCACAACCUUCGAUUCCACAUAGAUCUAAUACAACUUCCCCAACCAUGGAACCACAUGCGUCUGUUCAUCCACUGACCCUAGUGUCUACUGAAAGUCAGCCGAUAUCAACCAACACUAGUCGGCGCUCAUCCGCUGUUCCCGGAUUACAUUGUGUAAGCUCUGCCCAUUCUAUCCAUAAUCUUUUGCCCACGCAAAUGCUGCAACAGCAAGCUCACACUGUUACUGGUUUUAAUCAGUUACAAUCACAUCCAGCUGGAGUAGCACACCGGGGUGCCCCUCAUUUCCAGACUGCUUCUCUCACUGGAUCCGCAUUUCAUCCAGACAGCCACUAUCAAACAUCCCAACUUACCGGAACACAUAUCCCAUUCCCCAUUCAGUCGCAAGUUUCCACCCCAUCAGAGUUACCUGGUAACCUGUUAGGAUCGGCAUUUGUUACUCACACUCAAAGUGUUCCUCGUGAUGCCCAGACGGCGAUGUACGGAUCCUACAAUACAAUGCACACGACAACUUUGCCUCCCUCUGCACUACUUUUACAGUCUCAGGCACCGGGCCACUCAAUGCUCAAGACAGGUGUGGACCGGGUUCCGGGUGCAUCUUCACCUGCUCCAAAUCUUCAACAAGUUUUAAUUCAGCAGUUGCUUCAACGUGUGGAACAGCCGCAGCAACAAACUGCCCCACCACAGCCACAAAUCGAUCCAAUCUACGCAGGCAAUCAGUAUACACAAUCACUUGUCCAACUUUUAGCAGCUUUGAAUGCCACAGCUCCAGAUCAGAUGUCAGCCGUUUUUAACCAACUUCGGGCUGCACGGCCUUCCACAGGUACUCAUCCGGUUCCUGUCAAUGCCCCUCCUAUUCCAUUAGUCGCUGGAGGUGUUUCUACGGUUGGAUCGACUGUUCAAAGCAGACAAGCCUCACCACCUAUACCUACAAACCUGAAACAGGCGUCUUCGGCAACCGGACCCGUAUCCACUGUUCAGCCAACAACUCUUCUCGCCGGUACAGUCAGCCCCACUGCACCCCCAACUUCUGCUACGGGUGUCAGUUCAUUACCGGUUCUGCUUGGUCGUCUGCUUGCUUCGUCAGGUGCUAAUGUGGAUUGGGCAGGUAGUAUACCGGUGGAACCUGUCAGAACCAUUGCAUCUCAACCUGCUCCUGCCGUGCCCGUUGCCGCGCGACCCUCCCAGAUUCCAUCUGUUCAGCCUCUGGCCACUGGAAACGGAAUGGUAGUGAGUACUGAUCCAGCAAACACGGGUCACGCAGCCACUUUGGGUUCCUCAACUUCUGCCUCGGGCGCGCUCCAGCAGCUACCUUCUCAAAUUGUACAACAGCCAGGAUUACAGCAAAAACGUGGUUCACAACCUUCGGAGUCUUAUUCUAUGGGCGCAUCUACCAAUGCAAUGCACCAACCCGCUCAUGCCCCAAUGAUUCCGGAGCUCGCAAACCUCCUGCGUUCUAUACAGAAAUAUCCAGAUGGGGGGAUAGCCAGAGAGGCUAUUGCUGCUCUACCAAUUGAGGUGCAGAACCUUCUGCUGGGUGCUUUGCAACAUCAACAACAAAAGCAGAUUCAACAGCAGCAACAACAACAGCAAACUCAUAUUCCUUUGUCGGCCUUCCAGUCUGGCUGGGUUGGCACGGCCGCAGUUCAUACAGCCGUACCGCCCGGCACCAUAGCUAGUCAAGCUGGAUCGAAACAAGUAACUUCCGGUUCUCGCGUUUUUCCCACGGCAGUUCCAGGAAGUGUGGUACCCCCUCCUGCUAUCACUUCAGUCGACGCAAUGGCUCCACAACCGUCUGUUUUGAAAGAACCGGUCAAAGUGACAACUUUCGAUCCAUCCACAUCACAAUCCUCUCCUAUCAUAUCCACCGGCGAUCCUGCUCACCGAUCUGCAUCGACCAAUCCCACAACCGUGGCUAACAAAUUCACAGUUGUUCCUGUGAGCUCAGAAAAUGAUGAACCUGCGUCACCUCAACAAGCGACGAACCCUGCCAGUGGCUGGACGGCUACCGGACCGCCUCGUCCACCGCGACGUGCACCUCAUCCAUCUGGACCACCUGCACCACCAGUAACACCGAAUAGCCAGUUGUCCAGUGAUUCAGUUGGUGUACUACCUGUGGUCACUUCAUCAGGACCAUGUGCUGGUGGAAUGCCUGUGUCGUCUGCAUUAUCGAACGUCACAUGUAGCUCUUCAGUGGUCCCAAUCAGCUCAGUGGCAGCAGGCUCUACUCAGCCGAAAUUGGUUCAUUCGAAGUUCAAGGUGGAACCUGUUACAAUUACUUCUCCUGCUUCGUCAACACCAAAUGCGACCACAGGAGCUGUUCCCAAUGUUGCUCCACCUGCACGCAACCCUCGUGUAACUCAGACGGGGGUGAACAGUGCUUUGCCCGUGCCCACAGGCACGUUUUUACUGGAAUUUCUGGUGGCUGUUGACAAGGCCAACACUGUUCCCACCCAGCGCUCGUCGUAUCCAACGAGGCAGCUGAAUUCCACGAUCCGUAUGUCUGUGUGUAUGCUGAAUGAAGAGCCAACAACUUAA